CUUGAACAAAUGAAUUACCAGUUGAACACCUGCUAUGAAAUCCUGCGAAGGUGUUAUCGCGGCUUGCCCAGGUUCCGAAGAGAUUGUUAGUAAACACGAAUGAAAAAGCUUUUUCAGCGGUGACAGUUACUAAGCCGGUGUAGUGAAUAUCUGGUCGUUUUAGAAGAAAUGAAGAAUGUAACAUGCUUGUUGCGAUCAGUUGUUAAACUGUGAAUAAUGCAAUGUCCAAGAAGACGACGCGGCGUUUUGUAUGGCUCCAAAAUAUUGCAUCCCAGGACGUUUCAGCAACUAUGGAAACUCCAUGAAAGAAACAGGCUACUGUAUUCUGAUUUCCAACUGAUGGGGACAGGGCAGCUACAUUGUAUAAAGCUAUUCCACAAAAAGACUGGAAACCUUCAAAAUAUGCAGUUGUUUGCAUCAAACAUUUUGGAGACAGUGAUUUCAAUUAUAACAAGUGAAAAAAUUCAGCUUAGACACAGACAGCAACUUCCAGAACCAGUUGAUGAAAUGACAGCUGAUGUUAUGCAUUAUGCCUCGGAUUCAAAGGAUCCUUUCAAUCUCUCUCAUAUGGCAUUGUCAAUGCCAGUAAAUAUUCAUUAUGGAAGUACAGCUGGUGCUAAACAAGAAGACAGUGACAACUCUGCUUCAUCAGAUGAUCCUUUUAGGGACUCUUUCAGCAAAUUGCAAGAUUUGGAGUAUUUUGAUACUGAUUCAUCUAGCUGGGAUCAAAGUGCAGCUAGCUUCAUGUCUUGGUCUGAUCAGGAAUUUGAAUCAGCUACAACAGAAAGAAUUCAGAAACUCAUGGAUGAUAUUGAAUGCAUCUUAUAUGAUGAACCUUUGGAAAUGCCACCUAGCAAGGAAAUUAUUGAUGAAUGCCGAAUGUGGAAGGAGGCAUUUCCACAUAUGAGAGUUAGGGGACAUGGAAUCAAGAUGAUUGCAGUGCCUCAAGAAGAGGAAUCUCAUGAAAGCAUUAUUCAAGAAGAGGUUUUUGCUGUUGAUGGAGUUGUAAAUGAUGCCAAAGAGAGCAGUUCUUUAAAAAGAAGGGAGUCAUCGACUGAUAACUCUUCUGCCCAUUGUAAGGAAGUUCCUAUAACAGAAGAAUCUAAAUCUUGCCAGCUUGAGAAUAUGGUGGAAAACUAUGUGUUACAACAACUUGCUUCAUAUAUACAGUCAGAAGUUAUUAAAAAACUUACGUGUGAUGUACAGAGUAGUGAAUGUAGUUCAGGUAAAAAGUGUGACAAAUUACCAGAUGUAUGUUUCCAAAAUUCCACUUCUCCACAAACUGUGGUAUCUGUGCUAAGUGAUUCAGAAUCUGACGACACAAAUUCAGCUCGGACAGUUUUGUCUAAAUCAUCACGUACUAGGGAGGUGCUAAUUAGCAGUUCAUCAAGAUCAGAACUUCGUGUGCAGAAUAAUAAUGCAUUUUCCACACCACGUAUGUUUGAUGUUGGGAAUUACACUGCAGAAUAUCCAUCAUUCUCUGUUAUUGGUUCAGCACCAGUGAGCUUGCCACCACCUAGGACUGCUAGUUCAUCAGUACAUGAGGCACGAUCAUUUCAUAGUGCAGCAGAAAGAAACAAAAGACAGUAUGCUGACAGACGAUUCAGUUGUGGAUUUACAGCUCGAGAGAGAUCUUCACACCAAGUCCAAGAAGCAGAUGAAAAGAAUCAAAAAUAUAAGGCAUUGCUUUACAACAGCAAUAAUCGAAAGCAAUUCUUACCACCAAAUCCACAGGAUAAAUUAAAUAAACGUUUAGUAUUACCUCCAAUUGACAAAGUGGAAACUCAGAAGGUAGGCGUAAGAAUGAACAGCAGCUUAAGAAAGUUUAGUAUCCAUGAUUAUGUCAGUGCAGAUGUGAUGUGGCUCCUGAGAAGUCUUAAUUUGAUUCCAAAUGUAACAGUAUCUCUGCCAGUAAUUAAAUAUACACCAUUGAAAAGGUUUUACUUGGUAUUUAUUACCAGAUUUAUGUGGCAUUCUUUGUGACACAAAAACAGAUGUCUAUUGUGAUUGGGGAUUUUGUAUUGAAGCAGGGAAUUAUGCAUUGAAGCAUUGUGUAUUAGGAUUACAUAGGCUACUUGUGGUAGAUAUGCAGUGAUGAUGACACUGGCCAAAUGUAGAAAGUCAAGGUAAAAUAGGCAAGAAACAUAUUCUUGAUAAAAGUGUUGCAUAUUGUUAUUAAUCUUAAAGUGCUACAAUUGAGGCAUAUUUUGUUGGACAAUGGUACUUGACAACAAAUUCCUAAUGGUAUAUACU